AUGUUUGGAUUUGACGAUUGGCCCAACAAUGGUCCCUGGGAUGUGAGUGUGCUCAUUGGUGUUGGACUCAAGGAAGGCGGGAUACGGCGUGGCUCGUCGUCGUCGGACGAUGAAGAACUAUCUCCAGUUACAGCACUUGAAGGCUCUCUAAUAGAUAUCCCAUUUGGUCCAUGCGGUCCAGAAUCUCGCACAACUGCUAGCUGUUUGUUUCUGAAAGAGGGAGAGAAAUGGGAGAACCCAAAGGAUCCUGAUGAAGUUCUUGUGAAAUAUGAGGCUCGUCUUGAGGAUGGUACUGUUGUCUCCAAAUCUGAGGGAGUGGAAUUUACUGUCAAAGAGGGGUAUUUCUGUCCUGCACUUGCCAGAGCUGUCAAAACCAUGAAAAUGAAGAAAAAGUGCUCCUUACAGUCAAACCACAAUAUGGUUUUUGGUGAGAAAGGCAGACCAGCAGCUGGUGAGGAAGGUGCUGUGCCACCUAACUCAACACUACUAAUUGACCUUGUGUUGAUUUCAUGGAAGACUGUCACAGAGAUAGGUGAUGAUAAGAAAAUCCUUAAGAAAGUCCUUAAGGAGGGAGAAGGUUACGAGCGGCCCAAUGAGGGUGCUGUUGUUAAAGAGGAGAUUGGAGACGACGCAGCGCUUGUUCAUGUCAAGCGAAUUCUGCUGGACGUGGAGCCGGCAGCAGCAGUGGUGCUGGACGACCCAGAGCUCGAGUUGGCUCCUCCAGCCCCCGAGCCCAUGCCCGAGCCGACCAACGCGCCAGAGCCAGCAGAAAUAACAGUCAGAACUUUGCCCAGCUCACCGCCACCCGAGCCCCAGCACGCAGAACUCGAAGCCGGAAGCGAGGAGCAAGGCGGAGUUGCUGUUAUCGCGCCCGCCGACAAUGCAGCCACCCAACCAUCCGUCGUUGACACGGUGGUGACUACAGAAGAGGAGAGCCCGCAGCCUGCCCUCGGAGGAGAAGUCGACAGUAUACUCCAGGCCAUUAACAAGUUUGCCCAGGAGACGAACAAGAAAGCCCAAGAGCAAGCCGCCAAGCUGGAGAAAUCAGCAAGGCGCAUUGAUGAGCUGACACAGGAGCGGACCAACCUUGAACGCACCAACACCGAGCUCUGA